AUGGCAAGGCCAGUGUUUAUUGCCCUUGGACCAAUGGGCGGCUUGCUGAAUCAUUUUGGAGGGCAACUAAGAGUUACCCAUGCUGUGGGUCUGGAGUCAGACUCUGUGACAGCUGCCAGUUUGCUGUUUGUAGAUAAUCCAGUUGGCACUGGGUACAGUUACACCACUGAUGCUAAAGCAUUUGCCAAAGACCUCUCCAUGGUUGUAGCAGACAUGAUGGUUCUGCUGAAGGAAUUCUUCAACAUGAAGCCAGAAUUCCAGAAUGUUCCAUUCUACAUUUUUGCUGAAUCCUAUGGUGGUAAAAUGGCAGCUGGUAUUUCUUUGGAGCUGAUUAAGGAGGUCCAGCUCAAUCAAAUCAAGUGUCAUUUUGCUGGUGUGGCUUUGGGAGAUUCCUGGAUCUCGCCUCUGGAUUCAGUCCUGUCAUGGGGGCCCUACCUGUACAGCAUCUCUCUGCUUGAUGACCAGGGGUUGGCAGAGGUCAACUCUUACACUGCGAGAGUGCAGGCAGCAAUUGAAGCUGGUGAUUAUCAGAAGGCGACUGAGCUCUGGUCUGUAACAGAGGGGGUUGUUGAGAAAAAUACCGAUGGGGUGAACUUCUACAACAUAAUGACCAAACGGACAGACUCCGAUUCUCCACAAAUUAUGCCACUGAUGAGGAGCUCCCAACUAGUCAGUCUUUACAAACACCAUAUCAGCCCCCUGCAGAGUCCUAGCCUAGAAUGGCUGAUGAAUGGGCCAAUCAGAAAGAAGCUGAAAAUCAUCCCGGACUUUGUGAAAUGGGGAGGGCAGUCUAAUGAGGUUUUCUCCAAUAUGGAAGGCGAUUUCAUGAGACCAGUAAUCGACAUAAUUGACAAGCUGCUUAUUGCCAAUGUGAAUGUCACGGUUUAUAACGGACAACUCGACCUGAUUGUGGACACCAUGGGGCAGGAGAUGUGGGUGAAGAAGCUGAAAUGGCCAGGUCUUCCUACAUUCACCAGUCUGCGCUGGAAACCUGUGUACACUCCAUCAAAGCUCUCGGAUACUGCUGCAUUCUAUAAGCAGCAUCAGAACUUUGCCUUCUUCUGGAUCCUGAAAGCUGGUCACAUGAUUCCAUCUGACCAGGGAGAGAUGGCACUGAAAUUAUUAUGGAUGGUGACAGGACAGGAGUAGCUGUAAAAAUGCUGUUCAAAUCCAUGAUUAGUUUGUGGUGUCACCCGAGAUUUGGGGCUGGAGUUACUCAGGGAGACAAGCCAUUCUGUGAAGAAUGACCCAGACAAUGGCACCUGGUUAAACCUAAUAUUGUUGCUCCUGGUGCAGAGUCGGGAUGUACUCAAAUGUCAGAAUCAUCUUUUCUUGAUUAAAAUGAACUCUGAUAGCUU